UCAGCUUCGGAUAUUUUCAAGAUUUAAUCUCUAUCAAAGCUUGGAAUUAUAUUUUGUUGGAGUGACAUCAAUUAGUUGCAAUAGUCAGUUUUUCUGCUUUUCCAACGAGUAUUGUACAACAAUAAUAUCGCCAUCGAUACCACACAUCAGUGCCCACAAGUGGAACUGCACGGGCCAAUGCUUACAAAUACGAAGACUUGUGUCAAAAGCAAGUGGGUUUGGAUAUUCCAACACUACAAACAGUCCGACGGUUGUUGAUGCAGACAACCGAAUAAAGCGAUCGUCAAAAGAUACAUGUCUAGGCCUAUAGGCCAUUUGUACUUGAGGAAAUAGCCAGACGUAAGUAUGACUACACACACAGAGCAAGGUAGCAUUCUUGACAUGAAAAUUUCAAUCGUAAGUGAUGACGGUUCAAAAAUUGUAGACGGUAUCAAUAUUCAUACUGGAACUAAUAAACAACCCAUCUCUCCGAGUGACCAAGAGGUCAGACGUGAUGGUGUGCCGUCUACAGGCCCAAACGAGGAUACGCCUUCCAGUACGGUAACUAGUGAUAUUAAUGGUAGUAAUGAAACUGGUGAAGAAUUCAUCCAUCCAAGUGACCAAGUGGUCAGACGUCGGGGUGUGCUGUCGACAGGUCCGAAAGAGGAUAGGCCUCGUAGUACGGUAACAUUUGAAGGUGACAUUAAUGGUAGUACUGAAAAUGGCGAUGAAUCCGUUCCUCCAAGUGACCAAGUCGUAAUGAGACAUCGUGGCGUGUUGUCGAAAGGUCCGAAAGAGGACAGGCCCUGCAGUACGGUGACUUUUGAGAUUAAAGAUGAACUAGAAGAAGAGGAAGUCCCAGGUAAGAAUUCAGAUCAGGUAAACGGAGGUGACAGCGAAGUUUUUGCACCAAGUGGUCGGAAUGAAAACAACAAUCGAGGCGUUUCACGGGUGUCAUCAUUUCAUAAAUUUAGUAAAAGUUUCAAAAGGCAAAGUUCUAUGCAUAUGGCAAGAUUAAACAGCAGAUCAGGUGAGGAAGAUCUAGCGAUAGUUAAUGAAGAGGAUGGCUGUGACGACAGCGAUGAAGAUAUCGAGGACGACCCUGAACAAAUGAUGCGAUAUGUUGACGAGAGCGUCAUAGGUAAAGAUGCUUCUUUCGUGGGACCUUAUGGCGAAAGAAAAGUUACUUACUGUGACUAUACGGCUUCAGGCAGGCCAUUGAAAUUUAUCGAAGAAUACAUUACAGAGCAUGUACAACCAUUAUACGCUAACACACACACUACAACAAGUGUCAUGGCGAAACAGACAACCAGAUUUCGUGAAGAAGCUCGUGAGAUCAUUAAAAAGUGCGUAAACGCCAGCGACCAGGACACGUGUAUUUUCACCGGGAGCGGUACGACGGGGGCAAUCCACAAAUUAGUCAACGCUCUUGAUCUCAAAAGCAAAGCCAAGAAGGCGGUAGUUUUUGUUGGACCUUAUGAACAUCACAGCAACCUUCUUCCAUGGAAAGAAUCAGGCGCAAAGGUGAUUCGCAUCAAAGACACACCCAGGGGAACACUUGACCUUGAACAUCUCAAGCAAAAUCUCAAGAGGUUUAGAAGUAAGGGUCGUUUCUUGAUGGGUUGCUUUUCAGCGGCUUCCAACGUAACAGGUAUACUAACAGACACCUUGGAUGUUGCUUCACUGUUGCACGAAUAUGGAGCACUAUCAUGCUGGGACUAUGCAACAGCAGCUCCGUAUGUAAAGAUUGACAUGAACCCAGACAUGGACAGUAAUUCAACACAAGAUUUUUCAAAGGACGCGGUCUACCUGUCACCGCAUAAGUUUGUAGGUGGACCUGGUACCCCAGGUAUUCUGAUUGCCAAGAAAAAGUUAUUCAUGAGUAAGACACCGGGAACUGUUGGUGGAGGAACCGUUGCUUACGUAACACGUGAGACUCAUCAUUACAUAAAAAAUAUCGAAGAAAGAGAAGAAGGCGGAACGCCCGCUAUUUUAGAAUCCAUUAGGGCCGGUUUGACAUUCCAAGUGAAAGAGUCGAUAGGAAUUGAGGAAAUUGAACGAAAUGAGCAUGCGUUGACGAGGAGAGCGUUCAUGAAAUGGCGAGAAACAGACAACAUUCUUAUUCUUGGCAGCAAGCGAGCGAAACGUUUGCCUAUAUUUUCAUUUUUAAUAUUGAAUCCACAAUCCGGGAGAAUUUUGCACCAUAACUUUGUAGCCGCUGUUUUGAACGAUCUUUAUGGAAUACAGGCAAGGGGAGGAUGUGCCUGUGCCGGUCCAUAUGCUCAGGAUCUGUUAGGAAUAAAUGAAGAUUUAGCAGAACAAUUUGUUUACUUUUUACUAGACGACGAAGAAAGAAAAAACAAGCAAGGUAAAUCGUUCUCUGGGUCAUUAGGAAUCAUGAAACCGGGAUUCGUGCGACUCAACUUACCUUUCUUCUACUCGAAGGAAGUAAUCGAUUUCAUUUUGGAUGCCGUUGACGAUGUUGCGAACAAUGCAUGGAAGUUACUGCCACAAUACCAAUUUGACGCCAAAUCCGGUGGAUGGGAGCAUCGCUCUUCUCCGAAGACAGGCAAUGAUAGCUUGCUGACUGCCAAACUUAUUGGCGGCAAAUUUCGUGCGCCAGCGAGCCCAUACGUUUCCCGAAAAACAGGACAGAACGCACCAGUGCAUACAGAUGCAAACCUGCAGGAAUACCUUGAACAGGCUAGAAAUGUGUAUGCUGAGGCGGAAAAAGCUCAGAAAUAUGAAGCCUUAAAUGAUCCCGACAUGGACAUAGGAGACACUGACCCAGCUCUGAUAUGGUUCUUACAACCGAAAGAAGCCGCCCGUAUUAUGACGUCACCAGAAGACUACCAAGCAAAAGACAACGUAGACAGCGGUGUCAAGAGAUCACAACAGGGAAUUCCAUUUACACCAAAACGCUAUUCUAGAUGGAGAUCAAAGAGAAUGAGUAGUAGGAGACAAAAGUCCCAAACAGAACCAGACGAUGAGGAGAAAAAUUCCAUAAGGUGUUCAAUCAUGUGAGCGCGAGGAAUACAGAUGUACACAAAGAAAAUUACUUAAAUAUAUAUAAGGCAUAUAUUUUUUAUAUAAAUAUAAAUACAUAUAUGCUUAAUAGACCCUUCUCAAAGACAAGAGAGGUAGACGAAGCCUCGGGGAAAAUGGAGGCAGCUGGGAGACCAGCUUUGGCAGAGCGGUGUUCCCCUCUGUUGCUGUCAAUUGGUGUGUAAUGAUGUGUGGUGAUGAUGUGUUUUUGUAAAUUUACUUUUAAAAAACUACUAUAUGUUGAACAUAAUAAUAGUCAUGAGAAAAAUAAUUUAAACUAUCAUUUCACAAACACUUGAAGCUAGAGCUGUGCUCUUGAUCGUUUUGAAUGUAAUGUAUAUAUUAUUUCAUCUUGCUGAUUUUGUAGUGAAUUUGUAUCUUAGCGGUUGGCUUUUCCAACCCAGAGUCUUGUUAGAUUUGAAUCCAGGACCGAGAUUCGAAGAAGUGAAUAUUAACCACAUAGCUAAUAGCCCCACUGCUUAAAGCGUAAUUAAAAAAAAAUAUAGUGCCUACUGUCUCUCAUAAAAUAUGGAAACUCAUAAAAAUGCAAUUAACGUAUUUAAUAGCAUACUCAAUCAAAGUUGAUCAAAUAAUUUACCGACUUCCCAUAAUUCAGAGAAAAAUUGUUUCGCUUUUUACAUAUUUUAAUACGUAAAUUAUUGAACUGAUUACCGACUAAUUUUAGAGUCUAUGAAAUUAAUAUAUAAACGGUAUUACUAUUUAAUUGGCAAGAACAAUGUUUUAUCGUUUUACAUUUUUAAUUAAACAACUUUAUUGCCCUGUAUUUUAACUCAAACGUGACAUAUUAUCUUUAGUAUAAAUUGAUUGAACUGUUGUAUAAAAUUAAAUGUACCUGUACAUAUUUUGAGUCUUCAAUAUAAGAACACAGAAAUUCCGUAAGAAAAAGUGCCUGUUUAAUAGCAUUCCAUUCGUGUUUUUUUUUAAGGUACCACAGAAUAAAUUUAGAAAAUGUAGAGUUGUAAGUUCCAACAACCAAUUAAAUCAAGUGCAAAUGAUAAACUGUACGGAUUCAUGGAUUUAUUGACUGUUGUAUUUAUACUUAUGCGAUUUUCUAUCUGUAUAACUCAAAUAAAAUAUUAUACUGUAUAUUGCUCCUUAAGAACGAAUUUAAGUUCAUGUUUAAGAUACAAUGACGACCUUGUGUCCAAUAUUACUAUUCAACAAUAACAGCUUUACCAAAAAUGUAAUAGGCCUACAGUAUUGUUAAAAGCGAACUCCCAGUGGUAGCUAUGCAUGUCGUGUAUGUCGAAAAGGGCUAAUUGUAAUCAUAAAUUUGAGUAAGAUUCCUCCUCAAAUGAUAUCGUCGCUAGACAAAGAGACGAAUAUUUUCAAUUGUGAAUGAGAAGCACAGUUGUUCUAGGUGCAGAAAAUGGUUAAGAAGGUGCGCGAGGGAUUGGAAAAAAAAUCAGAUAAACUUGAGGAAUUACGUGGUAUAACGGAAUGAUGUUAAAGCCGUGAGAAAACUGUUACACAAGGACAGUACAAGAGUAAUAAUACCGAAGUAUCCGCUUCUUUAAGCCUGGUAUUCUGUUCUAUUUUCUCUAUGGUAUUAUAGAUGCUUAUCAAUUAAGUCUUGUUUAAUUCUCACGUGACCAAUAAUUUUCACGUGACGAGGUCGAACAUUUAUGUUGGGUUUGUGCAUUAAUAAAUAAUAUGAAUAGGCCUACAGGAAUGUGGUACGAGUUGAAAAUUGUAAUCCGGCAAAAACGUGAUUGUCUCUUGUUGCUGCAUGAGAUAUCAUAGUAGCCUACAUACCGGUAAGCCUAGAGUACUGAACAUGUAGUUUUAUGUAUUUCGGUGUUGGAUAAGUAUUUGAUUAUUGCAUGCAGUUAUUAUUAUCUCGAUGAGUAGGGUCUAAAUAACAAUGAAAACUGCUUAAUUCCUUUUUCAAAAUAAUCACUCUCUUACGAGGCUUAAAAUGAAAUAUUUUCGCUUCAACUCAGUGGUUAAUAAAGCUACUUUUAUUUAAAAAAAA